CAAAACUACUGGAGAUUAACAAGACGCGUUUACUGAAGUGAAAUAGAUACGUUUCAUUGCGCACAAGUGAUGUCUCACGUCAGUGGCUCAGAUUGGUGGCAGCAAUGGUUCGCAUCACGACUUGGAAUGUCAACGGCAUCCGUAACCCGUUCGGGUAUCAACCAUGGCGCGAGAACAGAACUUUCAAUGCCAUGUUCGAUAUAUUAGAGGCCGACAUCGUAAUCAUGCAAGAACUGAAGAUUCAAAGGAAGGAUCUUCGUGACGACAUGGUGAUGGUCCCCGGCUGGGACUGUUAUUUCAGUCUACCGAAGCAUAAGAAAGGUUACUCGGGCGUUGGUAUAUACACACGUCAAUCUGCCUGCGCGCCUAUUCGAGCCGAAGAGGGUCUCCUAGGUGUUCUACAUCCUCCUGGUUCAUCUGUGGCAUAUCGUGAACUCCCGGAAAAUGAGUGCAUCGGCGGCUAUCCUAGCCAGGACCAAAUAGCAGACUGGGGAGUUGAUCCGCUAUAUCUUGAUUCUGAAGGGCGUUGCCUUGCUCUUGAAUUCCCGGCCUUCGUUCUCUUUGGCGUCUACAGCCCAGCAAACAGCAACGGGCAAAGGGACAGCUUCCGCUAUGGGUAUCUCUGCGCCCUCGAUGCCCGCAUACGGAGCCUUGUCAAGAUGGGCAAGAAUGUCAUCCUCACUGGCGAUCUCAAUGUCUCUAGAGAGGGCAUCGACACAGCGAAUUCCCUUGAGCAAAUCAAAUUGGAAGGUCUGGAUGCGUAUCUCAGUUCACCAAAUAGGCGUCUCUUCAACCAACUUGUGUGCAAUGGAAGAGUUAUCGGCGAACGUGACACAGGAAGGGAGGAGCCGGUGUUGUGGGACAUUUGCCGCGAGUUCCACUCCACUAGAGAAGGCAUGUAUACCCACUGGGAGCAGAAGAUCAAUGCGCGACCUGGAAAUUUUGGUUCUCGAAUUGACUAUGUUCUGUGCAACAAGGAGAUCAGCCAUUGGUUUUGUGAUUCCAAUAUUCAGGAAGGCUUGAUGGGCUCAGAUCACUGCCCUGUGUAUGCUACGACGAAGGAUGUCGUGGAAUGGUGCGGCGAGCAAGUCCACAUCACAGAUAUACUCAACCCCUCCGGUGUGUUUCAAGACGGCAAGCGAUGCAAGGAAUUCGACCCAAACAAAAACCUGCUGGCGAUGUCAGGCAAGCUGCUUCCUGAAUUCGAUGGCCGUCAGAGUAUCAAGGCGAUGUUCGCCAGAAAACCCUCAGUCCCAACUGAAGGGCCGUUGGGAACAAACGCAGCCUCCAAUGGGGUUCAUCUUCUCGAUUCAUCGAUACCCCAAAGUUCACAAGAUGCGAAGACUGAAAGCGGCACCACUCAAACGUCCACUGACUUAACUCCGAUGAGUCCUCGUAAGAUAUCGCAAAAACGUCCUCCUCCCGCAUCGCCAGCCAAAUCCACGAAGCGAUCCAAACCAUCGAUGGGUGCCUCAAACGCAAAACCGCUCGCCAAAGGACAGCAAUCUCUCAAAGGGUUUUUCGCACCCAGAACUAGCUCGACGAAACCCGAGCCCAGUUCCAAUCAUUCGAGUCAAAUAUCAGAUUCACUCUCACUGGAUAGGCAAUCGCCUGGGCCAGAUAUAGCACCGAUGCUUUCGCCUUCCUCUGUCUCCGCAUCCGUCCUUGAUCCGGAGCCAUUCAUUGACCCAGAAGCCUCAAAGGAGGGCUGGACAAAAUUGUUCUCCAAGAAACCCCUACCGCGCUGUGAGGGGCACGGCGACGAGUGCAUUAGCUAUACUACGAAGAAGCCUGGCGCUAAUUGUGGGCGGAUGUUCUAUCUUUGCCCUAGACCGGUCGGACCAACAGGGCAGAAAGAGCGCGGAACGCAAUGGCGGUGCCCGACAUUCAUUUGGGCAAGUGAUUGGAAGAGCGCAGGGUGAAGACGUCGAUGCGGAAGGUCUUUGGACAAAGAAAGCUUGCUACCCGCUUGGCUAAUAAUGCUUUGCACAAGCCUGCCUGUACCUUCCGAGGCGCUCUCCGACGACUCUCUAGAGCACUCUUCCCUCAAAUCAGCACCACCAUUGCGAAGAGCAAGCACUACAUGAGGGCAUAUCAUCAGUGUUGGCUGGUUCGAUCCUGGCAAAGGCACGCAAUGCGGUAUGUCCCGGACCCAUUCGAUCUGUACAGAAGGGUGUAAGG